CCAGGAAGAGACAGAUGUGUGGUUUCUCCUCUCCGCCAUGUACUGAUUUUUAUUCAGAAUUUAUUGACAAUCAAAAGGGGGAAAAAUCAAGUAGGGACUAGUGGAGAAAGAAGACAAACUCUUCACUCAGGGUUUUAAAGAACUUUGCUUCUGAACGGGCAGCAGAUAUUUGUGAUUCUUGUGGUUAAUUUUUGAAGCAUUGGACAGAAAGUGAAAGUACUUUGCUGGAGCUCAAACAGGGAAAAUGGCUUCCCUAUCAGAGGAGGAUUUUUCUUGUCCUAUGUGUCAUGACAUUUUUAAGGAUCCAGUAGUUUUAUCUUGUAGUCACAGUUUUUGUAAAGAAUGUCUUCAACAGUUCUGGAAAACCAAGAAAACUCAGGAGUGUCCCGUCUGUAGGAGAAGAUCCUCAAAAGAUUUUCCUCCCUGUAACCUUGUGUUAAAAAACUUGUGCGAGUCAUUUUUAAAGGAGAGGAAAUAUGGAUGUUCGUCAGAGGAGAUCUGUAGUUUACAUGGUGAGAAACUCAAACUCUUCUGUCUGGAGGACAAACAGCUGAUGUGUGUUGUGUGUGUUACUUCAAAACAACAUGACAAUCACAAAUUUAGACCCAUCGGUGAAGUAGUUUCAUCACAUAAGAAAGAUCUCAAUACAGCACUGAAGUCCUUACAGGAGAAAAUUAAACACAAUAAAGACAUUAAAGAAGAGUUUGAGAAAACCAUUCAACACAUCAAGACUCAAGCCGAUGACACUGAGCAUCAGAUUAAACAGCAGUUUGAGAAGCUUCAUCAGUUUCUCCGAGAUGAAGAAGAAGCUACAAUCACUGCACUGAGAGAGGAAGAGGAGCAGAAGAGGCAGGUGAUGAAGGAGAAGCUGGAGGAGAUGAACACACACAUCUCAGCUCUUUCAUGCACGAUCAGAGACACAGAGGAGAUGCUAAAAGCCAAUGGCGUCUGCUUUCUGAAGGAGUUUCCAGGCUCAAUGAAAAGAGUCCAGAUCUCACAGCCGGAUCCACAGACGCCUUCUGGAGCUUUGAUUAAUGUGUCUCAGUACUUGGGGAACCUGCAGUACAGAGUCUGGAGGAAGAUGCAGGACAUCGUCCACUACACUCCUGUGAUUCUGGAUCCGAACACUGCAAAUCCACAUCUUAUCUUGUCAGAUGAUCUAACUAGCGGGAGAGGGACUGGGAACAGACAACCUCUACCUCCUAAUCCCGAGAGAUUCGACUGGUAUUUCUGUGUUCUGGGUUCAGAGGGGUUUAACUCAGGGAAACACAGCUGGGAUGUGGAGGUUAAAGACAACUCAGGCUGGGGUCUUGGAGUAACUACAGCAAUAAACCAUUGUAAGGGGCGAGUUUUUUAUAACACUGGUGUCUGGUGUGUGUGGUAUCAUUCAGACGAACAGACUAAAUGGGCUGGUUUUCGUGUUAAAGAGAAGCUUGAGCGUGUGAGGGUUUCACUAGACUAUGACAGUGGAAUGGUGUCUUUCUCUGAUCCUGUAGCUAAAACACAUCUACACACAUUCACAACCACCUUCACUCACUCAGUCUUUCCAUUCUUCAAUUGUGGGUUGUCUUCCUUUCUGAGGAUCUUACCAUUGAUUAGUCAGUAAUGCAGGAUUUAUACUGUGGGAUUUUCAGAACUCUUGGAUCACCAUUGUUUUCACACUGCGUGACUACACUAGAAAUAAUUGCACACUGAAGGAAAUGACUAAUUAAUUUACUCUCAUAAUUUUUUUAUUGUAAUAUUAAGUGUGAUGGACAACUAGAAUAAUUUAGAGAUAUUUAAUGUUUACAGGUUUACUUGAUGUAAUAAAUUAAAUGAGUAAAGAGAGUUUAAUAUUCAUAUUAAUUAAUUUGUAAUAUUUGAACAUUUUCAAAUUUUUGCAAACCUAGUAAUAUUAAGUAAUUUUUUUAAAUGGAUGUGGCGUAAUGGAUGUGUAAAUCCCAGCAUGCUUUGCAUGGGAUUGAAUUAAGAGGAAAAUAUUUUGAAAAUGAAAACAAUAUUAGGUGUUUAAAUUUGAGAAAGAGUUGUCAGAGUUUGAUAUUCAUUAGUUUGAAAACUCUCAAUACCUUAGACCAGCGGUCUAAACUGGGGUGCGUGAACCCGUAGGGGUACACAGAUUGAUCACCAGGGGUGCGUGAGAGAAUGUUUGUAAUAGCGGAAAGAUUUUAUCCAUUUAUCUUAGGUAAACUUCACUAGAAAAGUCAUUUAGAGAGAAAGAAAAAAAAUCACAUUACAAAUUGUAAUUUACAACCUAUGUAUACUCACUCAUCUCACGGCUCCAGGUCUGCGUCACAAUAGCCGCGCCCCUUUCACAUUAGGUGCUAAGUGAUGGUACAUUCGUAAUUUUUUUCCCUAACUAUAUUCAUCAAAACAGACACCUGGUUAAAAACUGCCACUUUAAAGAAGUCAAAUAACAGUACUGAUGAACCAUCUACAUCGGCCUCUUCUGUGGAGAUGUACAGCGGCCUUGAAUAUAUGAACUCAGAGGAUAACGAACAAGUUGAAGAGGCACGGGCAGGAACAGGGAAAUCCACCAAAGAUGUACUGAUGAAGAGAAUAAGGCCUACACUUGAGAGUGAGAAAAUGUCAAGUAAGAAGCGUAAAUAUAGUGACAGUGAUUUCAGGUUUACAUGGAUUGAAAAAGCAAAAAAUCCAAAUCCGCUAUAUCUUGUCUGUGGUGAGGUUUUAGGUAAUAGCAGUCUUAAGCCCUCAUACGUAUACAGUCCGGCACUUACAAAGUUUAAUCAGAGAUAGGGGUGCUUGACAGGUGUCAAAUAUUAGAAAGAGGAGCACAUAGCAAAAAGUUUGGGAACCACUGCCUUAGAGAUAGCCAAGCAUUAAAGUCGUUCACCGAUGAAAAACAGGCGCCAACUUAAAUGUCAAAGGAAAGGAAGCUGUAAUCUGAUUGGAUGACAGUUAAGGCGCAUUGUGUUGUCUUCUUUUUUUCCUUCUUUUUCUCUCUUUAGUUUUUAUUUAACCUUCAAAUAAGAAUCAGCCAUUUUCAACUUCCAUUGUUAAUUAUAUAUGAUAUAUCCAAGCAUAUAAUAAACUAAAUAGUACAAAAUAUUAAUAAUAACAUGAAUAUUACAAAUAAAAUACAACCAGGGGGUCAAUAGAUAUAGGCGGUGGCGUAGCGAAAAAUGCUACAACCCCCACCCCCAGCUAAAGAGCGUGGGGAGGUUGGGGGGGGGGGGGGGUUCUGGGGGCUGCUCCGACACAGGCUUAUUGUAAAAAUUGCAUCCCCCAUAUACAUUUCUGGACAACACGAAUUAUAGCCAGAGGUAUGUAUGCCUGCAUUUUGUCGUUAAAACGAACACUGCAGGGCAGUAUGAUCACAUAACAUGAGUGUAGCAAACAACCAAUCACAUGACACACGAAUGCAGCGAACAGCUAAUUACAGAAGUGUAGCGAACAACCAAUCAAACGAGUGCAGAAAACAGCCAAUCACACGGGUGCAGCAAACAGCUAUUAGCGCCAUCCUUUCUAUUUUUUAUAUACCAGUAAAGAAUAUUGAUUAAUUUCACUAACCCUACAAAUGACAACUAUAUAUGACAUACCAUUAGUGUGUGCAGUAUCAUGCUGUGAGUAGUAGCACUACAGUACAGUAGUUAACUGCUAACACUCCUGCCAGUUACUCAUUGUAAUUUUAAGUAUAUAACCGUUAGUCACUGCUACUGCUCUAUUACAGUAAUUCGACUGGCAACACUGUAAAAUGCCUAGUAAGAUUUCACAGUGUGGUUUACAGAAAACUAAGUGUACAUACUGCACAUACAUAUUAAAACAACAGGAUUAAUAUUGUUACAGCCAUAAAAAACAUUAGGACCAUUUGUAUUUUUUUCAUAUUAUUGAUAUAUUGUUUAUUUUACAAAUGACUGUAUUUUAAUAUACAGCUUGCAUAUUUGGGACAUUUCUAUUACAUGUGUGAAGCUCAUAGGUCAAUGUUAUAUGUAUAACGUAUGCGAAAGAGGCAGCUGAGAGUUUUGAGGAAGGGCACAAGCAUCUUUAAAGCCAUACCUAAUGUGAAGCUAAUGAAAGUGUAAAUAGUCCUUAAGUUUGAUUUCCGAGUCUAUUGUAUCCACAAAUAAACGAAGAGUGAACUGUUGCACUACAGGCUUUGGUUUUAUGCAUCAAAUUUUUUGUGCCUGCUCUUAUAGAAAUGGUGGAUAAAGAUGAGGAAUAUAUUAAUCAUUAUAAAUAUAUAAGAUAGGAUUAUGACAUUUAAUACCAACAGGAACUGAAGGUCCUGCUAACUUGUGACAAUGAAAACCCUCUUUGUCUCUGACUACACAUAAAACUUUAAAUUAAUGUGUUAUGUACAUAUUUUUGUUCUUUUGUUUCUUUCAAUACUUGUAUUGUUCUCACUUGUAUUGAAUAAACUUUCAGAAUAUUUACCAACCCAUCGUUUAAGCACUCAGAAUUACAAUAAAAAAUCUAUGCUCAGCAUGAA